CGUGCUGGCCAGGAUUUCCCUGGCUGGGUCUGGCCUCGGUAGCUCCUUUUCCGUCUACAGAGUACUCUCGGUACCUGCAUGCUCACCUUGAUACCCCUCUGACGGAGUACAACGUUGACACAGACCUGCCGGGCAGCUUCAAGGACCACUGGGCCAAGAACCUGCCCUUCCUCAUAGACGGCUACGAGGAACAGCCUGGGCUACAGCCACACAUCAAGGAUGUGCUCCAUCAGAGCUUGGAAGGCUACAAGGCUGAAGUGCAGGAGCUGAUCUGUGUAGCUGACCGCCUGGGCUCACUGAUGCAGUACGAAACACCGGGCUUCCUGCCCAACAAGAGGGUACACAGAGCCAUGGGCUUGGCAGCGCUGGAAGUCAUGCAGGCCGUACACCGCACCUGGACCAACUCAAAGGUCCGCAUGAAUGGGAAGACGAGGCUGAUGCAGUGGAGGGACAUGUUUGACAUCGCUGUGAAGUGGAGAAGGAUCGCGGAUCCCGACCAGCCUGUGCUGUGGCUGGAUCAGAUGCCGGCUCGAAGUCUCAGCAGAGGGUUCAACAACCACAUCAACCUAAUCAGGGGUCAGGUGAUUAACAUGAGAUACCUGGAAUAUUUUGAGAAAAUACUUCAUUUUAUUAAAGAUAGAAUUCUUGUUUAUCACGGAGCGAAUAAUCCCAAGGGCUUGUUGGAAGUCAGAGAAGCUCUGGAGAAGGUGCAUAAAGUGGAGGACCUUCUUCCAAUCAUGAAGUUUAAUACCAAAACGAAGGACGGCUUCACCGUGAACACCAAGGUUCCCAGCCUCAAAGAUCAGGGGAAGGAGUAUGACGGAUUCACCAUCACCAUCACAGGAGACAAGGUGGGUAAUAUCCUAUUUUCUGUGGAAACACAA